AUGAAGUUAGUGGAUAAUGACACUUUCUUGCAGAGGUUAAAUGAACUAUUUGCUUCAUCUGUGGAACGGGGGACGAUCUGGUUAACCCACAAACGAUUGACAUACGAGGAUGGCGAUACAUCGAUGAAGGCAGGGGAUGGCUCGCUGGAUACGAGGGAGUACCCAUGUUUACUCCGAGCCACGAACGGAGACGACAUCAAGUUCUCUACCACUGUACAACCGGGAGAGCUGAACAAGUUCUACUCGGCCUAUGGGACGCUGCUCAAGUCAUCGAUGGGGACGCUUCGUAAACGAGACAAGAAACGGGAGAAAAUGCGCUCGGAGGAGGCUGCAAAGCGCAAAAAGCGGAUGACUGACCCUAUCCCGAUAGAUGGUCCCAAGCGUGGCAACGGAAGGAGGUCGAGACAACGCAAAAUCCAUGCUGCCUUGAAACAACAAGCGUCUCAAGCGAAAUUCAAAGAGCGAGAGGAAGCGGCCAAAAGGGCUCUGUAG